GGUUGAGGUGCAGUGGCUGUGGCUGUGUUAGCAGAAGCGGCGAAGCUUAAGCUCGCUGGGUUCUCGUCAGUGUGUGGCUCCGUGUGUGAAAGUAUUGUAGGUAGUCAGGUUUUUUUUUAUGUAGGCGGUUGUCAGGCCGCACCGCCUCUCAGCCUUAAGCUGCCGACGUCCCUGGACAACCCCUGGGGACAACUCGUUCUCGGAUUUGGUUGGGAGCAAGCUUUUUUCUGCAUCACCACAAAGGCAUCCUUUUUUUGCCCGCUUGCUCGGCGUGCCGCCGCAGUUUUACGGGGCAACAAAAAACGUUACCGUGGCCCCCUCUGCCGUCUUUAAUUUUCAUGCCUGUUGUGCCACCCAGAUGUACUUCGGGCUAUCCUCACCGGUGGGAGGUCGAUGAUCCACUCGCCAAAUCGUUUGUUGUUAUUACACAACAACAAUAAUAACAGCAAUGUUCCUCUGAAUUGAUUGAUUGUAUGAAGAGGAAACGUUACGGAGUCUAUUUGUACGUUACGGUGUGAUUUGUGUGUUGUGAGCAGUGAAAAAUUUUGUCUCGUUCGCGCUGUCGUGAUUAAAAGGAUCUGAACCGUCUUGCGUCAAUAUCAACCCCGAAAGAUGUCGGGUGCAGUUGCGAACUUUCUCCGUGGCGGCGGCGGCGUCGGCGGUCGGGAUGAAAAAUCCAAAUAUCUCGGUGUAACAGCGCCAGUUUCGACUGCUUUACCUCGCCCUGGCGAUCUUGAAAAGUCGAAGGAGCUUGAGACCGUACUACAUGAAUAUGGCCUUUUCGAAAGCAGCGACGAACUUAAUCAUCGCUUACAAGUAUUGGCUCGAAUUAACGAGCUCGUUCAGCACUGGAUCCAGGAGGUGUCUGUCGCUAAGGGGAUUCCUGAGAAUGUGGCUCAGACAACACGUGGAAAAAUCUUCACGUUUGGUUCAUACCGUCUAGGAGUUCAUACGAAGGGCGCUGAUAUUGACACGUUAUGUGUGGCACCCCGACACGUCGACAGAUCGGACUUCUUCAGCUCCUUCGUUGAACUGUUGAAGCAACAGCCGCAAGUACGCGACUUACGUGCAGUCGAAGAAGCUUUUGUGCCCGUGAUAAAAAUGGAGUUUGAUGGUAUCGAACUGGAUAUGCUGUUUGCUCGACUAGCGCUGAAGGAUAUUCCUCCGGAUCAGGAGCUCCGCGACAUGACGUUAUUGAAGAAUCUCGACAUGAAAUGCGUUCGCAGCCUUAACGGGUGCAGGGUAACGGAUGAGAUUCUUCAUUUGGUGCCAGAUAUCCCAGUAUUUCGAACAGCUUUACGGACGAUAAAGCUAUGGGCAAAGAAAAAAGGCGUCUAUAGCAAUGUACUUGGGUAUCUCGGCGGUGUAUCAUGGGCUAUGCUUGUCGCACGGACGUGUCAACUAUAUCCACAUGCCGCAGCAGCCACGAUCAUUCAGAAGUUCUUUCUCGUGUUUUCACAGUGGACGUGGCCUAAGCCUGUUCACCUUAAGGCACAAACGUCUGUGCAACAUCAUAUAGGGGGCUUUUCUGUUUGGGAUCCCAGAACGAACGUCGCGGACAGAUAUCAUCUGAUGCCGAUCAUAACUCCUGCUUACCCCGAGCAAAACUCCACGUACAAUACGUCGUUAAGUACACGGACGAUCAUGACAAAGGCAUUCAAAGAGGGACUGGAGACGACUGAACAAAUUCUGAAAGGAAAAGCAACGUGGCACGCUUUGUUCUCGCCACCAAAGUUCUUCGAGCAGUACAAAACAUUCAUCACGUUGACUGCCGUGGCACAUACGAAGGAUGACCUGCUUACCUGGUACGGCUUGGUUGAAUCGAAGAUUCGAACCCUAAUUACGUCAAUUGAACGACAGCCCGCCAUCGAGAUUGCACACAUCAACCCGCAGAGUUAUCCGGUGCAACCUUCUCAACAGGCACAGUUAGUCGCUGAAGCUGUCCGAGAGCUAGCGCAGACAGAGGGCUCGACGGGAGAUCUGGCCGGAGGUGAGCCACCAAACGCCGAUGACGUACACAUCGAGGGAGUGAACUGGUUCAUCGGCCUGCACUUUAGCCAGAUCAAAGAGAAAAGCAGUCUCGACCUUACGGAAAACGUACGCUCACUUCGUGAGGUCAUCUUCCGGCAGGCAGAGAACAUCCGCAUCCUCCGAAAGGGUAUGGAUAUCAAUGUGACGGUGCUAAGAAAGAAAGAUCUGCCGACGAUUUUGCCUCCUGAGGAGGUCGCGAGGCUGCCUCCUCCGCCGGAGCGCAAACGCAAAUCCCAGCAGCGUAAAGCGAUUGACGGCGUCACGGAUGGGGCUUCGGGUGAGCCCGCUAACAAGAAGCAAAAGAUUGACGGGUCUGCUGAGCAGAAUGUCGCCAACUCAAAUGGUGGCGUCAUCGGCCCGGAGGCGCCCGCUGCUGCAGGUGGAAAGUCGUCUAGCGACAGCCCUGCUGAAUACGGGGACGGCCAUGGUGGCACGAAUGCAGCGAUAGCCGCGGUCAGCAGCAAUAGUAGUAACAGUAGUUCUAGUAAUCAGACGUGUCAUAGUAAAACACUGAACAAUAAAGUGAAUGCCCACGGCAAUGGCGAUGUUGCGGACGCCACCGUCGUCACUACUACCACUACUACUUCAGGCGCAACGAGUGAAAAUCAAUCAGAUCAGGGGUGAAUCAGAUCAGAUCAGAGUUCGUAGAAUGUGUGCGUGAGUGAGAUGGCUGAUGGGUGACAGGUCGAUGAUAUUCAAUUCAGUCAUCGUCCAUUAGAAACACAGCGGAAACAAGCGAAUCAUUGCAAAAUACAUAUAAUAGACACAAUUGUAUAUAUGGAAAGAACACACAUGAGUACACCACGCUAAAGAAACGCAAGACAAAACACAAAAAAUGAAUUCUAUAAUGAGUAUAUUAUGAAAUCAUAGUGAUACUGAUGGUAUCGGGCGUGGGAGAGAAUGACGACCAGUCAAUAAUAGUAAUGAUAGUAGGACGGACUGGAAGCCUAAGAGGGAAAUUUCGGGUAAUUUAAGUCACAUAAUGCUGCUAGCAAAAGUAGGCGAUAUUUGUUACUGAUAUGUUUGAGUGUUAGUAGCUAUGUUGGCGUGCUUUCUGUCAGCUGAAUAGUGGCAUGUAAGUUGACCCCGUGCAGUACCAGUAGGUUGAUGUAUACAAUUUAGCUUAGUGUGAGGUUAAUUGAAAGCGAAGGAGACUAGGAAGAAGGCGGGACGCGAGUAUUUACCGCAUGCGCAAUUUUUUAAUGGGGAGAUUUUGGGUACAUCUCCUAUACAAACAACGAUUGGAUGAUAAGGGACCGUUACAUGGUCAAUCGGCUGAAGAGGUUUGACUAUCGAUUCAAAACUGCAAUGGCCGAAUUUAUCAUGCUAGCUGCAACAAGUGCACAGGUGACUGACACAGAGCACACGUAGGUGAUUGUAUUCGGUUUUAUGCCUGCAAGACCACUAAGGAGGACUGAAAAAAGUGGGAAAUGUAGAAGUGAUCGUCAGGCGCAUCUCGACUGAUACAACAGGUGAGCAGAUAAUAUAGCUAGAGCUGAUGGUAGAUGUCGGCGUAGCAACAAGUUGAUAUCGGGGUAGGGUUUUCAAUUUGGAGAAUUUUAGGCAAAAAGUAUAAUGGUGCAAGAAGCGCGGUGAAAAUCUACUUAUAACGCCGCUCAAAUCGGCAAUUUGUAUCCUGUAUUUUCAUCGGUAUUUCUUACAGUUGAUUUUUCCAUAGGUCAAAAAAGAAGCGUGCUUAAAAUGAAUAAUUAGGUAAACGAGUGGUACUGAGAGUUCUAGUUGUCUGAUAACUUGAUUAGAAAGAUCUCGCGUAAUUCCUACAUACCAUCUAUUUGAUUUUGAACUUACAACUUUAGACAAGCCCGCGCUUCAUUAACGCGUUUUCACUUUACUUAAUUCCUACAAUCUGCUAUUUCUCUGCUGGGUUUUUUUUACUUCAGUGUUAGCUCAGAUCAAAGUCUAUUAUAAUAAAGCUUCCUGCAAUCAAUUUCACACUCCCUAAAUGACAAGAUCAGCAACAUCGGUAUGUUAGUGUACAACCAGGAAUGUUUUUUACCAAUUUGUCCUAUUAUUGGCCUUCGCCGACGUUUUAUUUACAGUCUGCUAUAUUUCGCAAAUUUUUCCCCUUUCUCUCGCACCCGAUCGUUUUAAUAGACUAUUGAACCUGUGUCCCAGUCACCUUACUUUUCCUUCCGUAUUUUUAAAAAUAAGAAGAAAGAGUAUAAAAUUAGUUUCCCUACUCAGAACACAGUAAUAGUUGUUGUCGCAUUACAGCUAAACACUAAACAUAUUCAUCUAUAUUUUAUGUGUAAUAAUAAUGAGCUUAUAUUAUUCUAAAGACGUACUUUCGUGCCUUACGACAACGCCCAUAUAUUAUACAUAUAUUAUAUUUAUAUAUAUAUGGGCGUUGUCGUAAUAUAUAUAUACAUACUCUGCUUACUUCUGCUAGUGGUAAAAAAACUUUUCUAUUCUUUUAACUCAAUGAGGGUUGAGUAUAAAUCUUUUUUUGGACUUAGUAGAGUGAUAUAAUCAUGAAAUAGAUGCAGGCGAAAUAGAGAAAGUAUGUUAGAUCAAUACAUACUAUCCCUAUUUCAUACAACACAAGCAUAUCCAUACACUUCCAAGCUAUUGUACCCUUAUGCUUCCAUACCUGGACCUGGGUUUCACCGAUUUUCUGAUCAGUAAACCCAGCGCAGUCUACACACAUUUCUGAACGCAGCGAUAGACAAUCGCAUUGGAAACUGGGAAUGCGUUACUGAAUAUCACCAUAAGCACUAUGUCUUUUGCUAAGUUUACUAAACUGUAGCAGGAAAUUGUAAAAGGAGAAAAAAGAGGAGGAGAAGAAGAAAUUGUAGUACUCCAAUUUCAACUUGUUGCUAUGCCGAUAUUAUUAUCAACAGCUUUAGCUAGAUUCUCUACUUAUCUGUUGUGUUGAUCGAGAUGCGUCCGAUGAUUACUUCUAGAGAUUCCUAUAGUUUUUCCAAUCCUAUUUAGUCAUUUUACAGGCUUAAAAUCGGUUAGAACCAUUUACAUGUGCUUCAUGUGGGUCAUCCGUGUAGUUGUCGUGGUUAGCAUCAUAAGUUCUGUCAUUGCAGUUGCAAAUCAAUAACAAAACUCCUCUGGCCGCUUAACCGUGUAAGAAUUCAUUAUCAGCCAUUAGUUAUCUGUUUAUAUGAAAGACGUACCAAAAAUAUCCCUAUUGAAAAACUGCGCAUGCGUGCAACACCCGAGCUUCGGCUUGACAUGAAAAAUAUAUAAUGCAAAAGAUAAUAGUGCAGGAAGCGCGGUGAAAACCCACCUACCAAACGCUUUUGGAGAAUGCGUUACUAGGUGCAACUAUUUAUCGCUGCGUUCAAAAAUCUAAGGACUGCGCUGGGUUUACUAAUUGGAUAGAAUCACCGCCCAGGCAUCAAAGCGUGGAGGGGGGUGUUGGUUUAGAAGCGUAUUUAUAUAUAUGUAUUGGUAUAACAUUACCUAUUUCGCCUGUGGCUCUACUUCAUGACUCCAUAAUCAUUUCACUAAGUCUGAAUAGAAACUUGUGCUUAAAUGAAGAAAAGAGAUGAAAAAAAUGCAUGAUAGUAGCUCAGAACAGCGUAACUGAGUAAAAAUAAAAACGUGCGGAAUGCGAUUGUGUGCGAAUGAGAUCUAGGGAAAUGUUGUAUGAAUGAUGAAAGUCAGUGGUCAACUCUCUGAGUUUCUGCUAGGUAUUAUUUUCUCCCACUUGCAGAACUUGGUUAGAGAGGGGGAGGAAAUACUAAAUAUGCUAAAGUCGCACUUUCAUGCUUUUCAACAUAUAUAUAUGAAGGGUGAUGUUGAAAGUGCCACUUUAGAAUAUUACCAGCUAUUAUUACUAUCAUUCUUAUUAUUAUACAUAAACUACAGACGAAAAUGUUCAGUGUUUAGCCAUAUUGCGACAACAACAGCUACUACCAUGUUCUGAAUAGGGGAACUUAAGUACUUUCUAAUAAUAAAAAGUCGGGUAAGUGGGAUACAGGUUCAAUAGUACAUUGAACGAUUGGAAGCGACAGAAAGAAAGAAAAUGGGCGAAAUGCGGCGGAUUGUACAUAAAACGUCGACGGAGGCCGGUAAGAGGACACCGCUUUAAUUCAUGUAAGCGGUGAAAAAUAAAUUCUUGAUUGUACACUAACAUGCGCUUUUGAUCUCGUCAUUUAGAUAGUGCAAAAUCGAGUUGCAGAGCAACUUUGUUGAAUAGACUUUCAAAACUGACACUCCGAUAUCAAACCAAGUGGAAAUAUGAUUAUUAAUGAAGCGCAGGCUUCUUGAAAGUUCCGACUUGUUUGCUUACUCUUUGUUGGCCUAUGGGAAAGAUUAACCGCAAGGGUGAUCAACGUAAGGGCGGAGUAUUAAUUGAAGAUUCAAGCUGCGUUAAAUAUAGGGUGACUUAUUUUUUAAAUCAUACUUUCGGAGCUUAUAAUUUUAUUUACAAAACCCGCCUUGGUUUGGAGAAUGCCAGGAAUUAAAUAUGUUUGAGGUUGACAUAAAAGUGGUUCUUAAAUGAAAUACUGCGCUAAUCGCAUGAAAUCGCUAUUUUUAAUAAAGACGGUAAUUUUCAAACCACGAAAUUGAGGUAUUGAGGGGGAAGGGUCUAGCUCGGUCGCUGUUCGUUGAUGGUGGCAGAUACGGGCCGCAAACGAACGGAAUAAUUUGCAGUACAACGUACAUCGUUGGAGGUACGGAGGAGAAAUGCGAUUGUUGUUAUUGGCACGUUGGUCUAUUAGGCCUUAGGUGAGGUUAAAUGUGCACAAGGGGCUUUUUACUUACCGCUCAUUCAAUUUGUUUUUUUUUUUAUGUCCAGAUAUGUACAUAAAAAUAUAUAUAAACAGGAAUCUUAACAAUGAUACUCUAUUAAUCAUUGUUCUAUACAUCAUCAGCUCACGGUUGUGCCGGUACAAUAUGAGUUGAGUUUGCUAUAUUCAGGUCUCAGGCGUAUUCAAGAAUAUCAUGCCUAUUUAUGUGAAUUGACAUGAACAGUUAACGACAAAGCCAAAACUAAAAUGUUGAUGGAAAUCACAUCCUUCAUGACAUUGUUCAAUGCACGUAUCUGACGAGAGCACUUAAGACCGUCUCAGAAUUUGAUAAUUAGAUUUAGGUUAAUUACGCUAGUUUCUAACUAGUCCUUACUAGUUUGUGGCCCGCGCGUACAGGUAAAACAACACCGCCUUAUUCUCCGGGGUUUCGGGAUCGUCAGAAAGUUUUAUUCAAAUUAAUCGUAUUUUACUUUUUCAUUGUUCUACGGUGAGCUAAAUGAGUGUUCGAAAAGCGAAUAAAUCUCGUCUCUAUUACAUAUGAUCGCCCAUUUAAGGACUCGAUUUAAUUGAACUUGGAAUAACCAAUUUAUGGUGAAAUCUGGUGUAAAAAAAGACUCUCUGUAGGACAAAAGGAUUACGAUGUUUAUUUUUCAAAAAAGUUUCAAAGCAAAAAGAACAUAAAUAAAUAGCUGGAUUUGAAGGAGAUGCAGAAGGUUUUGUUGUGCGCGUUAGACUUUCAAAGAAGGAUUGACUAAAUUGUCCAUAGUUGUCAUAUCUUCUUACUUUCUUUUUUCGAUCGAUCACUUUUAGCAAUCUGGUUCUUAAGGCAUCUUGGUAGUAAAUUAACAUUAUCUGAUUAAGGCAAAAAGGUCACCGAAAUUUUGCAAAUGUCCGACCGUUUGCUGUUUGACUCUGCAGGGUUGAGUUACGCGCGAUAAACCUCGUUGUAUCUUAUUUUAGUCUCAAUUGAUUUGUUGAACAGAUUAACACCUGUUAACGCAAUAAUAAACACCGAACGUGACACACAGUAUCCUGUUUAUAAGGCAGUACUAUCGAUAAAUAUAGCCAUAUUCGACAUUGAUUUCGUGUAUUAAUGCCAAGGUUUCAGAAGGCAUUAAAGUAGUAUUUAUUGCAUCAUUCGCUCAUAAUUGCAUAAGUAAGUGCAAUUUGUAGUGAAUUGAUACCUAAAGACAUAACACAACUUGGCUUGGAUUGUAUUAAUUUCGAUGGAUGCAGUGAUAACUAGCCCUAUGGUUGACGAAUUAGCACAAGAUCGCUAGUGACUGAAAUAAAAGAUACGAUCUACUUGUUGGGUGACCAACAGAGUAUAAUUUCUUUGUGUCAAUUGAGACAUAGCCUUGGGCAUUUUUGUUGUUGGAUAAUUACUUAAGUAUUAAACCGUUAAUGAAUUUCUUUUUAAUAACAUAAAUCGGAAAGUAUGGCAUGUUUUUUAAUAUUAUGCUAAAUGAACUGGGAGAUAAUUACCCACCGUGUAAUCCUCGUUAAGCCUUGAUAAAGUUUUUUAGCCCCCGGUUGACCUGUAUAUUGGAUGUCUUUGAAUUUGAACCAUGAGGUGUUACUACGAGGGUUAUCCAGGAAAAGGCCCACCGUAUAAUUGAGCUUUUAUCCCUUUUAAUCCUCUGCUGAAAUCCCCGAAAAGUUGGCCUACAUUGCAAAGUUUUAGCCCCUACGUGAAGUACUAAACGCUGUUUAUUUCCAUCGUUCGCUGACUAUCCGAUCUACUGCAUGAGUGAAAGAUAGACCCUCGAUGCCUGUGCCUCUUAUGAAGAGACAUGCAAGAUGCGCUACUCGUUUCAGUAGUUAUGGCUGCAGAUGAUGGCCUUCUUACGGUUACGACCAUCGUCAUUAACUUGUUUUAUAGUCGGGGGGUCGUUACUAUUUUCACACUGGUUAAACUUCAAUAUGAAUUAUGUAUCUAUGAAAUAUAAAUAUUUAUUAUUAUGAAAUAUAAAUAAUGCUUAAGCUGGAUAAUUAUACUAAUAAUAAGGAUAUGAUAUUAGUGAAGUUACGGUUUAACGAACCUAUUAUCAUUCACGUUGUUACCACCCGAAUAUUUUGCGCUUUUUUUGUGUCUCUUAUCUCACUCAAAAAAGUGGACUCAAAGCGAUGCGGAAAAAUCCUAAGCGGUGAGAGAACACGCCAUACCUUUAUCUUUUCCAUUAAAGUUUUUUCAGUAACACAAAACGUUCAUUACGCUGAUUUUUUUCCACCUACGAAAGACGAAUAUCUUACCUAUAAUAGGAUUUCUCAAUCGAAAGUUUGAACUUUGGUCACAUUACUUGAACUUUAUAGGAACUUAACAUCGAAAUUGCGCACAUUAACCCUUAGAGUAACGCGGUACAGCCCGUUUAACAGAGGAAAUUGAACGUGCUAGCGAAAAUAGUCCCUGGGGCUGGGCGGUCGGCUGAAGGUAGACAGAAUUGUAUGGAUGUUCAUGCUAAACCUGUGAAGUGGUGUAUCAGUUAAUGUUUUCGCCAAAUCGAGGGGAACAGCAAUCGCGACAGAACGGGGUACACUCGUAAGCUUCGCAAGUAAAUCCGAGUAUACGCGGAGCAUAUCAUGAUUUUUCGACAAAGUAUAGAAAUCAACCAUUCAAGUGUUGAAAUAGAAACUGCGCAAAAAUAUCAAAAAGAAAGGCCAAGCAAAUGCUGAUAGUGGCCCACCAAUUCACAAAGCCUAAUUCAUCUGAGGACACCACCAACUUUGCUUUGAAUGAACCUAAUGUCAAAUUCAAUUAAAAUCAGAAGAGUUACAGAAGCAACAUCAGCACAAUUCUACUGUGAGUAUUGUAAAGAGCAGAUUUCCGAACAGAAUGUGACAAUUACCCUUUUAAACCACCGAAGUGAACUGAGUAUAAUUGGACACUGAACAGACAAGUGGUUCCUAUGCAUAAAACGGACACGAAACAUGUUUAGUCUACACAUGGUUAGAACGAAAAAGAUCGUCUGUUUUCAAAAUGUCGAGAAAGAGAAAAAUUAAAGGCUGGUUCCGGCGAUCACGACUGUUGUAAAAAAAUCCGGCAUUUUACAUGACGUACCAUUUAAUGUACAUUAACUUUCAGUAGAAACUAAUGUAUAUUUCUGUAAUGAAAAUGCACGCCGCAAAAUUCGCUCACUUAACUCGGUCAGAGAAUUCUGCCAAAAAAAUUUAUGGAGUAUGUUAACAGGACAGAAAUUGAAUAGGUGUAAACGUUAUGAUGUAACAAUGUCACAACGUCCCUCAAAUGCGACACUUAUUUGAUGAUUCUUUCUGCGUAGCCAAACUGCCGGGCUACAAAUAAAACAAGUGGUACUAUGUGCUAUACAAUCCUUUA